AUGGCGGCCACCAAGUUUAUAUUGAAUGUUCUGAAAACUGACUUCAGGGAACCAGACCCAGAGACGUCCAAACCAGCGAGACCACACCACUGCUCCCACUGUGGAAAGAGUUUUAAGUGUUUAAGGAAGUUGAAAGUACAUGAGAGAACGCACACAGGAGAAAACCCUUACCAUUGCUCUCACUGUGGAAAGAGUUUUACCAAGUUAGGGAACCUAAAAGAGCAUGAGAGGACACACUCAGGAGAAAAGCCUUUCCAAUGUUCCCAGUGUGGAAAGAAGUUCACCCAGUUACGGUACCUGAAACAACAUGAAGAAAUACACACAGAAGAUAGGAAGACAUACCACUGCUCUCAGUGUGAUAAGAUAUUUACUGGGUUAGGAAACCUGAAAAUACAUACGAGAAUACACUCUGGAGAGAAGCCUUACCACUGUUCCCACUGUGGAAAGAGUUUUACUCAGUUAGGGAGCCUGAAAGCACAUGAGAGGGGACACACAGGAGAAAAGCCUUACCACUGUUCCCAUUGUGAAACGAGGUUUACCCAUCGAGGGAGCCUGAAAGCGCAUGAGAGAAUACACACAGGAGAAAAGCCUUACCAAUGUUCCCGAUGUGAAAAGAGCUUUACCCGUUUAGGGAGCCUGAAAAAGCAUGAGAGAAUACACACAGGAGAAAAGGCUUUCCAACAUACUAAUACACAGGAGGAGAAGACAUAC